CAGCGAGUCGUACGUGCACAGCGGCAGGCCACGCACGGGGCGUCCGGCACCAGCCAGCAUUGCAGCGCACCGCGACAACGGCACUACCUACGGGGCCGCGGCGGCGGUGAGGUUACAAUAUAUAGGAAACCACCUGACACGCCCCCACCGUUUUCCCAGUCAUCACAAAGGAUCCGCCACUCUCCGUAGAGCUGCAUCUUCUAAUCAACCGAACGCGCGCGCACGUCACGUACACACACACACACACGCACACACACCACAUACGCAUUAGUGCGCACACACACGCGCGCUUGAGACGCACGUACUCUACACUCACGAUAUAUUAUAUUAUUAUUAUUAUUAUUAUAUAGUUACAGAUACAUUUUAUUAUUAUUAUUGUUUUUUUUUUUCGAAUUUUUUUUAUUUUAUUUUAUUUUCUCUUUUGUACGCCACUGACUGAUGUGAAUAACUUAUUAGCGCUGCGCUGGCUCCUCUCGCGUACGGCUGGCUGACGGUGGUGUGUCUCGAAAGCGGAUUCUCGUCAAACGAUAAUAAUAAUAAUAAUAACAACACCAAUAGUAUCUAACGCAAUAUCGUAUUAUUAUUAUUGUUGUUGAUUUAUAUUAUAAUAUAAUAUUACGUUACCUAUCCUCUGACGUUUGUGGGAUUUUCGUUCCGCCGCCGCCACCGCCGACGUUGUUCCUGCUUUUGGAUUUCCAAAGUCUGUGCGUGUUACUGUUACCAAGUAUCGUUCAUUAGUGGUGUUGUAGUCGUUGGCGUGACCGUGAAAAAGAGUUGUCCCUGUUCCAUGACUUCGACGGAUUUUUUAUCAGCAAUCCGACAACGGACAACACUCGGAGUUACCUUGUAGCGAACUAACGUCGCUCUUCUUAACAAACAUGACUACGUCCAUCAGGUCCAUUCCGUCUGACAAGAUAAACCUCAGAUUGAUUCUUGUCAGCGGUAAAACUAAAGAAUUCAUAUUUAGUCCUAACGACUCGGCGGGUGAUAUAGCUCAAGCAAUUUUUGAUAAUUGGCCAGAAGAUUGGGCGGACGAAGCAGUCGAAAAAGCUGAGAUCCUCAGACUGAUAUAUCAGGGUCGUUUUUUACACAGCAAUGUCACAUUGGGUGCUCUAGGCCUUGUACCAGCCCGUACUACUGUUAUGCAUCUUGUACCAAGGGAAACAUUACCUGAACCUAAUUCACAAGAUCAAAGACAGAAAAGUAAAGGUGCAAGCAGUAGUUGCUGUUCAGCUGCCUGUACUAUAUUAUGAAUGUGUUCUAUAAUAAUGCAAAUAUUGUGUAUUUAGUAAAAAUAAAUUAAGUAUGCUUAAAAUGCAACUUUCAAAAUAAAUUUUUAGUGAGUGGUCUCACCAUUUACCCAAUGAUGAAUUGUGACCAUUGGUGGGUUAAUGUUCUAUAGAUUUUUUUGACUUGUAUAUUUUCAGAUAUCCCCUCCAAAUUUUUUUUAAUUAUUAUUAUUUUUGUUUUUUAUUAACUAUAUUAUAGAUAGGUAUAAGGACAAAAAAUGUAAUUGAAUGUUAUAUUAGGUUUAUUAAUACAUCACAAUUAUGACAUAAAUAUGAACCUGUUUCAUUUGUGUCUGUAUUAUAAAAAACUGUGUUCAAUUUAUAAAAAUUAACGCAACAAAUUUAUACCACCAUGAUUACGGAAAACCGAAAUAUCCCUUAUUUUGUAUUGUUACAAUUCAUGAUGAAAAUCUGUAAUCUUUACUAUUGUAUGUUAUUUAGAUUUAUUCGGUUUCCUUUAAACAACAAAAAAAAGUUAAUAAAAAAUAAAAAUAUUUUUAUAAAAAUAUAUAUCUAUACAUUUAAAAAUAAAUGUUAUUGCACGGUAUAUGAUUACUGUUCUCCAUUUGUCUUUAUGAUGUAUAUUAUGUGUAAAUAGUAAUAUUCAUUCAUUUAAAUUAUGUUUUGAAUUAUAUGUUCGAGAUGAACGAAAACAACCUGCAAUAUCUCAGAGUCGUGCUUUGGUUUGUGCUCAUUAUUCUUAAGCUCUAUGAAAUAUAAACUUGAUCUUAUUGUUGUAUGGAUAUUAAUUAUAUUGGUUGUCUUAAAUCAUAAUGUUUAUAAAAAUAUUAUAGUAUAAUAUACACUAUUAUCAAGAAACUUAAAAUAUAUAAAUUAUAUUUUUUUUUUUUUGCUUUUAUUCUUCUGUGAUUUUUUCGUUAUUAAAUAAUUUUUUUUUAGAUAUUGUAAUUGUGUAAUAUAGUUCGUAUAUACAUGUAUAAUCUCACCUUUUUGAUUCUUAAUGUAAAUUGUAUUUUAUUUCUAAUCUCCUUAUUUUUUUAAACCGAAAUUACAUUUUGGAUUAGGUGUAUAUUAUUAUCGUUGUCGUUGUGUAAAGUAUAUUAAGAAAAACGAAUACAUAUAAUUAUAUAUAACAUAUAUGAUUAUUUUAAUUAUAACAGUAUGUAUUAUUAUUAUCAUCAAUAUAGUAUUAUUUAAUUGUUCGUAA